AUGAGCGACGCUGGUAUCAGCAAUCCCACACCAGAUGCGUCUUUGAAAGAGAAAACUAGCUCUUGCAACAUCGAAUCAAUUGAACCAAUUGAUCAUGAGAACGAUGGAAGGCUUCGAUCGUCACUCGUCCGCAAGUUCGAUCUUCGUCUGGUCCCAGCAAUGUUUUUGGCCUACCUUCUAUUCUUCCUGGACAAAAGCAAUAUCGCCCUUGCUCGCAUCAACGGCCUUGAGCGAGACCUCCGCCUUGUCGGCAACCAGUUCAACACGUCAUUAGCCGUAUUUUCCAUCUUGCACAUUCUCUUCAACAUCCCAGGCAAUCUUGCCGUCCGACGUGUCGGUGGAGCAAUAUGGCUGCCCUCCUUGGUUAUCGCAUGGGGUAUUGUCACCAUUUCCAGCGGCUUCAUCACAAACUUCACCGGCCUAUGCCUCACUCGCGUUUUUUUGGGACUCACAGAAAGCUCCUUCCUUGGCGGUGUGCUCAUCUAUCUCGGAUUCUUCUACACCGCUGACGAGCUUGUCCUUCGUGUUGGACUAUUCUACUCAAGCACGGCCCUGGCUGGCUUUCUUGGUGGCCUUAUGGCAGGCGGUCUCGGGCAGAUCAGAGUCCAAGGGUUCAAUGGCUGGCCUUGGAUCUUCUUCAUCGAGGGGGCUUUGACCGUGAUUCUUGGGAUUGGGCUCUUGUUUUUCCUUCCACACACCCCGGCAGACGCGAAGUUCUUGACCCCGGCAGAAAGGUCACUUGCUGUGCGUCGAAUGCAGAAUCAGGAUCGCUGGCACUUCCUAGGUUCUCAAGAAACGGGCAACCACAAGUCUCUAAAACAGGACCCCUCUACGGAGUUGGCAGCCGCCAAGGACCCUCUGAACUGGGCCACAGUCAAGAGCGCCAUAUUCAAUGUUGUCACACUGACCAUUGCGGUGGCAUCCUUCUUCUCCAUCGAGGCCAUCAUGAGCUUCUCCAUGUUUCUUCCGACCAUCAUCUCCGUCAUGGGUUUUGAAAAGCUCCAGGCGUCCUUGAUGACGGCGCCUCCCAACCUUCUCGCUCUGAUCUUCACUGUUGCGAUCUGCUUCUGGAGUCAACGGUCGGGGAAAGCAGCACUACCUCUCAACAUUUGCAGCAUCAUUGGAGCUCUUGGGUAUCUCUUCCUGAUCAUCGGGUCGCAGAUUGGCCCUGCGCCCCUGUUUCUCAAUGUCAAGCUCCAGUAUGCUGGUUGCUUCCUUGUCGCCAUGGCCGUCAACGCCACCCCGCCUUUGGCCCUCACUUGGCUCAGCAUCAACGCGUCGCCACACUAUGUUCGUGCCAUCGCCCUCGGCUUUGUGCUGUCCAUCGGAAAUGCAGCGGCCUUCCUCGCAUCGUUCACGUAUAUUAAGACGGAAGCGCCUCAAUACUUGAAAGGACACUGCAUCAACUUUGGAUGCUUAUUUGGUCUUCUUCUCAUCGGCAUUGCCCUCCCACUGGAAAAGAUGACGGCUCACGGUCUUCUCUUCUUCAUUCCGGGCAAUCCAGGCCUGGUCGACUACUACACCGACUUCUUCGACUCGCUGAAGACUCGCAUCGGGUGGGCAGAAGGCCACAUCCACGUCCACGGCCGUGAUCUCUUUGGGUUUCGUGAUGAGAGCCACGAGCCUUUCAGCAACGAUAACCCCCCAUACGAUGUGGAGCAUCAAAUUGAGGCCAUCUUCAAGCACCUGGCGUCUCUGAGACGGACAGACUCAGCUCGGAAUACGCCGGGGAAAACGGGCGAGCCGUAUGACUUCAUCAUCCUGGCAGGGCACUCGGUGGGAAGCUACAUUGCGCUUGAGAUCUUUCACAGACACCUGAAGGACCCCUCACGCGCACCGCAUCUAAAGCUUCAUGCGGGUAUGCUGCUGUUCCCGACCGUCACGCACAUGGCGCAGUCUCCGAGCGGCAAAAGGCUAGAGCUUAUCCGUACGACGUCGAUGCUCAAUAACACCGCCCACAUCGUCGCGCAAAGGUUUCUGGAUCUGUGGCCUGCAUGGGCUUUGCGAUGGUUCGUGAGUAACGUGCUUGGAAUGGGCCCGAAGGCGGCGGAGGUCACUACGGGAUUCUUGAAGAGCCGCGACAGCGUAUGGCAAGCCAUUCACAUGGGCAAGGAUGAGAUGAAAGUCAUCACAGAAGACAAGUGGGAUCAAGAGUUGUGGGGAAUUGAGGAAGAAGAAGGAGACGCCAGCAGCGGCAUCAGCAGCGGUAAAAGAACCACCCCCAAGUUCUAUAUGCUAUUCGGGAAGAAGGACCAUUGGGUAGCGGAUCAUUUUCGGGAUCAUUUCCUUCGAGCUCGCGAGAAGCAUAUUGAGAACGGACGAGCGCGCGUGGAGAUUGAUGAGAAGGGAAUUCCUCACGCGUUCUGUACUACUGAGAAGAACAGCGAUGUGGUGGCUGAGAAGGUGGCAGAGUGGCUCAGAGAAGUGUGGGAUGGUUUGGCACAGAGCAGCUCAUGA